AUGGCGACUUUGGAGGAACUCGAAUCGCAACAAAACCCGGGCGAAAUCGAAAUCGAUCAAGAAAUCUUGAACUUACCCACAGGAGAGCUUCAAACAAGAACCAAGCUCUUAGACAAUGAGAUUCGGAUAUUCAGAUCAGAGCUGCAGAGGUUAUCGCAUGAAAACAGUGUGAUGCUCGAAAAGAUCAAGGACAAUAAGGAGAAAAUCAAAAACAAUCGCCAACUACCCUAUUUGGUGUCUAAUGUGGUUGAGAUUAUGGAUAUGGACGAAUUGGAAGACGAACAGCAACGGGAAUCGGCUACUCAAGGUGGGAAUGUGAAUCUGGACAACGCUGCAACCGGAAAAGCGGCCGUUGUGAAAACCUCCUCGAGACAAACGGUUUUUCUGCCUAUGGUAGGGCUGGUAGACCCCAAUACUUUGAAACCCAAUGAUUUGGUGGGUGUAAACAAAGAUUCUUAUUUGGUGCUCGACACUUUACCCUCUGAGUUUGACUCGCGUGUCAAAGCUAUGGAGGUUGACGAGAAACCCACAGAAACGUAUUCGGAUGUUGGUGGUCUUGAUAAGCAGAUCGAAGAAUUGGUGGAAGCGAUUGUGCUUCCCUUAAAACAAGCAGAAAAAUUCACUAAUAUGGGAAUUAGAGCCCCCAAGGGUGCUCUGAUGUAUGGUCCACCAGGUACUGGUAAGACUUUGCUAGCAAGAGCGUGUGCUGCUCAAACAAAUGCUACUUUCCUAAAAUUGGCUGCACCACAGCUGGUACAGAUGUUCAUCGGUGAGGGUUCCAAAUUGGUGCGUGAUGCCUUUGCACUUGCCAAAGAAAAAGCGCCCACGAUUAUAUUCAUCGAUGAACUAGAUGCCAUUGGUACGAAACGUUUCGACUCUGAGAAAUCCGGUGACAGAGAAGUGCAAAGGACAAUGUUGGAACUUCUCAACCAGUUAGAUGGUUUUGGAUCUGAUGAUAGAGUCAAAGUACUUGCGGCUACUAACAGAGUUGACGUUCUAGAUCCAGCUUUACUGAGAUCCGGGAGACUAGAUAGAAAGAUCGAGUUCCCACUACCUUCCGAGGAUUCUAGAGCUCAAAUUCUACAAAUUCAUUCCAGAAAAAUGACGACAGACGAUUCCAUAAAUUGGCAGGAACUCGCAAGAUCAACGGACGAGUUCAAUGGUGCUCAGCUGAAAGCGGUCUCAGUUGAAGCAGGAAUGAUAGCGUUAAGAAACGGCCAAAGUGAAGUUAAGCAUGAAGACUUUGUGGAAGCAAUCGGCGAAGUCCAAGCGAGAAAGUCCAAAUCUGUGUCGUUCUACGCAUGA